GUUUCAAUGGCCCGUGCAGCCCCGCCGUUCAAAGGUGCUCCCCCCGGCAGGGCAGGGCAGGGCAGGGCAGGCCGGCCAGGCCAGUGCAGCGCGACAGGGGCGGCCGAGUAGAACAGGGGGGCGAGAGACCACCUAAAGUACUUACUAUAGGAGGUACAAACAACCACAUAUUCCAUCGCGGCGACAGCACUCCACACUCCUCUCCUGCAGGCUCGUCGACCACCUGCUUCCACAGCUGCGUCGGGUAUACCAGCGACACAGACAGACUACUCCCAUCAGACCAUGACCUGAUGCUCGGGCCCAACAAGAAAUAGGCCUCCCUCAAACUCGUCAUCGGACAUCCCGGACGACCCCGCCACCACCUCCCCGUCGACCGCGAGACCCCCGAUCUGAGAUGGACUUUGAGCCUUCGGCUGGCGGGCCUCGCAGUCCUUUCGAGGACGACGGCGGCGGCCCCGGAGGCAACGAGCGACCAAAGGUCCUGCCCCCAGAUUUGCCCACCUCCCUCGAUGACAGACGGAUGCCCAGGGAGCCCGUCCCCGAGACAGAAAUGUACGAUGGUUGGCAAGGGCAAUCCCAAUUUUUGACUUCUCCCGUCGUUGCGAAACCUCUGAAGUUCAGCGACCUCUCCCUAGACGACAAGAAUUACGACGAAGAUCUCACCAGAGGCAUCUCUGACAGUGACACGCGCCUGAUGGAGAUGCUGGCAGCCCAGGCGGCGCACUCCUCCGGUCCCGGCUUCGAGGAUGAGGCCGCCAUAGCCGCCAACGACGAGUUCUCGGAGGACGAGAAAAAAAAGAUGUUACAGAAGGCCUUAAACAUGGCAGCCAGUAAUGGCAAUGUGGCCCAGGUCAACCGGAUACUAUCCGGCAAGGCCAAGGGAUACGUCGACAUCAACGCUCCAGACGAGGACGGCACACCUCCGCUGAUAUACGCCAGCUGUUUUGGCCAUGAAGCUGUCGUGGAAGCUCUGAUCGGGGCUGGGGCCGACAUUGACAAGCAGGACCGCAAUCGCUGGAGCGCCCUCAUGUGGGCCAUGACCAACCGCCACAAACAGAUUGCAAAAGUUCUCCUGGACAACGGGGCAUCUUCCGACGCGAAGACCAUCUCUGGCCGUACGGCUGCCGAUUUUGUUGCGCCUGAUAGCGAUAUGUCCUUCUACCUACAUAGCAAUGGGUACAAUAUAGGUAGCGCUGGUAUCGGCGACGACGAUUUCUACAAGCCAGGCUUCUCGCAGGACAAGUUCGAGGAGGAGCUGAUGGAGAGCGAACUACGGCGGCGCAUGAUGAUGGAAAGCGCGCGAGACUUGGAAGUCGAUCUAGGCAACGUUGGAAUAGAUGAUCAACCAGAGGCCGACGAUGAGUUCGAGGAGGAGCAACAGGAGUUCGACUGGUCAAGAUGUCUUCACGACCAGAUGUUUGUCUUCCAAGAGGGCGAUCUGGACCGUAUCCUGGACAUUAUCGUCACCACCAUGACGCCACAACGAUCAGCAGCGCAAAAGCCUGUACCAGCCAACAUGAUCUUCCUGAGCGCGAGAUAUGCCCACUACCAUGCAAGUUCUGAUCUCUUGGCAAAGCUACUCAUAAAGUCCAUGGACAGGAUCAAUGAGGUUGUUGAGGAUCACCAGUGGGACAUGACCAUUCUGGCAUUCUGGAUCUCGAAUGCCACUUUACUACUUCAUUAUUUGAAGAAAGACGCUGGACUUGUUGAGGCCACUGUGACCUUCCAGGCCCAGCUCUCUGAACUAAUCAACGAAAUUUUCAUACUCAUCGUCCGUGAUGCUGAGAGGCGGCUGGACAAGGUUCUUGACGCCGCAAUGCUGGACCACGAGACAAUACCAGGUUUCGAGGAUAUAACCUUCCAAAACGAGUGGAAAAUUUUCAAGAGCAAAAAGAAGGUCAAGGAAGAACCGCCGGAGCGGAAAUAUCGGCCCCCAUCGCCCAAGCAGAGGGCAAAGCCUGCACCUAGAAACGUCACCUCUCUUCUCUCUUCGACACUAUUCGUCCUCGACCUCUACGACGUGCAUUCGGUCAUCACUGCACAAAUCAUCGCGCAACUUUUAUAUUGGCUGGGUGCCGAACUGUUCAAUCGGGUCAUGUCCAACAGGAAAUACCUGGCCCGCACGAAGGCAAUGCAGAUACGCAUGAACAUAUCAGUGCUGGAAGAUUGGGCGCGCACUAACAACAGACAGCCUGAGCACUACGAGCAUGGCGACAUGCAGGCUCACGGGGAGAACACCAUCGAGUCAGCCAGGAGGCACAUGAGCCCCAUCAUCCAGCUAUUGCAGUGGCUACAGUGUUUCUCGUCGCUAGGGCCCGAUGACCUGGAGGCGCUCAUUGAUACUUUGCAGCAGCUCAGGUCUCUCAGCCCACAGCAGCUCAUUCACGCUGCCAACCACUACCGUGCCGAGGUCGGCGAAAAGGGCCUCCCGAAGAGCGCAAUGAAAUAUCUUGUGGCGAUACAGAAAGAAACAGAGGUGCGAAGGGAGAAAGAGAAGAGCAACCGCCGCAGCGUAGCGGCCUCGCUCUCGUCCCCUACGCGCAGCGUGGCCACCGAGAGCGCGCCCGCCACGCCCCAGCGGAACGCCAAGAAAGCUGUCAACGGCGGUGCGGACCCGCAGACACCCGGGGACGAGGAAGAGGAGGAUGAUGCGCCGGAGAACCUCCUGAUGGACCCGGCAUACAUGCUCCCAUUCACGCUGCCGUCAGUGACCGAUAUGCUGGUGUGCUUCGGGGCAGGUUUCGGCGGCGUCAACCGUGAGCGUGAGAGGAAAUACAUACCGACGGUGCCGCCCGAGUUUUUAGCAAAAUUGGAGGUCGUCGGCGGCGGGAGCAGCAAUGCCAGGCGGCCCAUGUACGGCGAGCAAGACUGGGAAAACGAAGAAGACUAGGGGACCCUUCACCGGAAGCUGUGCUGAUGGAAUCAAGCGAGACUCGUGGGCCGCCUGCGGCUGCUGGCGCUACUCGAGACUGGGAUACCAACUUCGAAGGGGGCAUUAGCGUCACUUUUAUUGGUGAGCGUUGUACAGCAAUUAAUAUCGUCUUCAAUGCCUCGCGUCUAUCUCUGUGCAAUUGCCGGCAUGUACAGUAGCAUGAGCACAUAGCGAAUAGAGCUCCCCGAGAGUUGUACAACGGGAGUGGCGUGGGUUCGAGUUCAUACGCACCUGGGGCUACACCCGACUUAUACCAGCGUCACCGGGGCGAGCGAGCGACGUGGUGAUACCGGACCUCUCUGAGAAGCACAGACAAGAUCCCCCCAUCCCUUCGUCUCUCGGUCGAAAGUCUUCUUUUCCAAGGUAAAUCCACAGCCCGCGUCGAUGAGUUGGCCCUCGGUACUUCCAGAAAUCUGGGGUCUCUUUGGGAGUGGUCGUGCUUGGCCGGCUGAUUCUAACUAAGACCGGCCGACGUCCGGACGCUAGCGGAGGAGUACUUCCGCGGCCGGUGGCGCGCAACGGGUGGUAAUAGGGCCAACCGAGAUGCCAACAGCAUUAUUGCCGCUGCGGCAUGUGGAGCCGGGACAUUCUUCAACCACUGUCUGCCCUAGUCGAUAUAAAGUCCUGCUGAUCUUCGGGCGGGUUUGCGGAUGACCUUUUUCUGUUGGAAUUGGGCGACACUGAAAACUUGGGUACAUGCGGUGACUGUCUGCGUAAACUGCGUACUCGAACACGACUGCGUCCAGUCUUGUUGUCUUUGUGUCAUUGCACUACUGCUCAUUGGCAAAGUUCACUCAUGACUUCAUCACUCUGCCGAGACAUGUUGUGUGCUCGAUCCUGCAGUACCGAGCGACCCGGGAAGUCGCCCCAGCGGCAAUUCGCCCUCCAUGGCAAAGGGAUGGAGAGACAGAGCUCAUUCUAGAAGCUGCCACACGAGGAAACCUAGACGACUCUGGCAGAACAGAAUUGUCCUGUGACACUAGGUUGAUAGGCCGUCAGAGAGUCGGGUAAACUCAAAAAGUAAAGCUAGACAGCCACGAAAAGUCCUCCAUCCGGAAACGUGCGGUGGUCCUUGGGGGUCUCGAACGGGUCAAGAGAGUCGAGAGAAACGUGUGUGCCACAAUGCAGUCAAGGAAACGAAAACGCACAGAUGGGACGAAUCUGGGGCAUAUCCUUGCAGACAAGAAAGGUGGGUGGGGGGCGGGCGUCGAUCAGGGAAGACCCUUUGAGGCCGUCUUCUUGGUCCUUACCCGAAGCAGGAGGCGGAGGAUGUCGCAUCCCAGCGCAUCCAGCGCACCGAGCCCCGGCCCUUCGGUUCACAGGCGAGCGGGAUGGUAAGCCAAGAGAUCUUGAUGGGCACGACUGCCACCGACGAGACCCUCCAAUCGGGACGCUCCGACAGAGCCCUUGUUCGGGAACACAUCCUCCGCACACAAAAGGUCACGCACCCACGAGCAAUGGCGGUGAUCUGCCAGGUGCGUCUGAGUGACGGCUCUCGCCUGUAGGUGCUGUCCAGGGUGGCGUUCUGACAGGCCCUGGCGGCAUGGCAUGGGAGAACGGACCGGCUUGUCGAGUCACGCUGAGGUUGAGGACGAGGUGAAGGUGUCAUGCACAUGGAAAAAUCGACCGGAUGUAGGCCGCCCACGAGGAGUGUAUGACAAGUCAGAGACGUCCGUUCUGCAUGAGAUGCUGGCGGGCAAGGCUGGCAGCAUGUGGCCACGUAAGAGCGCCAGGGUCAGAUUUCCUGAGAUUUCCCUGGUGGCCCAGCCAAGAUCCGUUGUCUAUCCAUGGCGGGCUGUGUUUGUGCACGGCGUUGUGCUGCGUCGUGUUGCUUCUCCUAGCCGAUGCUGAGCGAGAGGUGUGUCUCGGGGGACAUGUCGGGCCAGUAACGAAGGCACGCCCACCGUCAAGCUUGAGACCAUGUCUCUGUGUCCUUGUUGUUUCCACCUGUCUCUGAUGGCAAUCGCGGGGCAGGAGGGGUGCCUUAGAUGGCACUGUACCAAAG